UAUUACAGAGCCCUGACCACCAAAAAUCGAAUGUACACAGACCGCUUACAUCACAUCUAACGUCUUGUUUCGCCUCCUAUAAAAGUCGAAUUCUCCACUUCGAAAGACAUCAUUUGCAAUCCAGCAACUGUACCAUUCAAAACAAAAUAUGGCAUUCAAGUUCCUCGCUUUUGUUGCUCUUGUUGCAACUGCACGUGCAGGUUUUAUUGGUGCACCAGCUGCGGUUCAAUAUGCAGCACCUGUUGCUAAAUUAGCCUACGCCGCUCAACCAGCGAUAUCAUAUGCCCCUCAACAAUUAGCGUACGCUGCGCCAGCGGCUCAUGUACAAGUGGCUCAUGCCGCUCCAGUUGCUCACACUUAUGCCGCAGCUCCAGUUGCAUACGCCGCUGCUCCAGUUGCCAAAGUUGUUAAAACAGUUGACACUGAAUACGAUCCUCAUCCUCAAUACAGUUACGCCUAUGAUGUUCAAGAUGCAUUGACCGGUGAUUCAAAAACACAACACGAAACUCGUGACGGUGAUGUCGUUCAUGGAAGUUAUUCUCUCAUUGAAGCUGAUGGAACUAAAAGAACAGUCGAAUACACCGCCGAUGAUGUCAAUGGAUUCAAUGCAGUUGUACACAAAGAGCCAGCACUUAAAACCGUCGCUGCUGCUCCAGUUGCUUAUGCUGCACCUGCACACAUCGCCUACAGUGCACCAUUGCCCCACGCUAAAGUUGUUGCACCUCUCUCCUACGCCAGCAACGCUUAUUAUCACUGAUUUACCUCAAAAAAAAAUUAAUUCUAUUUAUUAUUUGCUAAGUGUCGAGUCUCAUUAAAUGAUUUUAUAUAAAAAAAAAAUUCCAUUUUGUA